GAGGACCCUCCCCUUUACUUUUUCUGCCACAUUGCGCUGCAAAGUGUGAGAGCAAAAGGUAGGGAUAUGCUACCCUUGUUAUUCUUAGGCCUUCUGGCGCACGCCUGCUUGGUGAGGCCCCAACAACUCCAGCCCAAAAACAUAUUCAUCUUAGCCGGACAAAGCAACAUGGCCGGCCGUGGAGGCGUGGUUAACAGCGCCUGGGACGGCAUAGUCCCUUCCCAGUGCCAGCCCAACCCCUCCAUUCUCCGACUCAGUGCAAACCUCACUUGGGUUCUAGCCCAGGAGCCCCUCCACGCGGACAUCGAUGCCAACAAGACCACUGGGGUCGGACCCGGCAUGCCUUUCGCCAACGUUGUCUUGGCCAAAGACCCAACCUUUGGGGUCAUUGGUCUGGUCCCAUGCGCGAUCGGAGGGACUGCAAUAAGCCAUUGGGGCCGAGGGACUUCCCUCUACAAACGGUUGGUGAGGAGGGCUCAGGCUGCGCUGCAAGACGGUGGGACAAUCCAAGCGCUUCUUUGGUAUCAAGGCGAGGCAGACACAGUGAGUAAAGAAGCUGCCGAUUCAUAUGGGGCAAAAUUGGAGAGCUUUUUCAUUGACGUCCGAGAAGAUUUGAAGUCUCCAAUGCUCCCAAUAAUCCAGGUGGCUCUGGCGUCAGGUCAAGGACGUUUUGUGGACACUGUUAGAGAAGGUCAGCUGGGAAUUGACCUUUUGGAGCUCCAAACCGUUGAUGCCAAGGGUUUACCGCUCGAACCGGAUGGUCUACACCUGACGACGCAAGCCCAGGUUCAACUAGGGGAGAUAAUGGCGAAUACAUUCCUUCAAUUGAUACCCAGUAAUCGCCCCAUCCUCAGCCCUAUUCAAAGCAGUGCUCCCAGAAGGUGUUCCAAUUUUCUCUUGGAACUUUUUCAAUCAGAAUAGGAGGCUUCAUUGUUCUGAUCAUACUAAUUAGAGCGAGCUUCCCACUACGUAUUCAAUCAUCUCCAGGAAGGGCUAUCAGCUAUGUGAACAUGCCGAGUCAUCAUCAAGCACUUGAAUUACCUAACAUAACAGGCUUUCAGUACCUGGGAUGUCCAUUAACUCGGGUGGCAUAAACUCCCUCUAGUUUCUUAGAGACUGUUGAUUUUAAUUCAACUGAAAAUGUCCUUUUCUUCCUGCCUAUUUUUCUAAAGAAGAGAUUAAAUUGAAAAGAUAUUUGAGGGAUUA